GGAACCUGAUGCGCGACACGUGGGACCGGCGGCGCUGGGAGUUCGACGUGGUGCUGACGCGCCUCCACGCGCAGUUCGGCGUCUCGCCCUUCUUCAGGGUCACGGUGGUGCCCGACCCGCGCAGGGAGGGACACAACAUCAUCCAGCUCGUACCGUCGGGAUUCUCAUUGCCUCACCGUAGUUAUUACGACCGUAUGCCCAACAACCCGAUCGAAAACGCCUACAAGCAGUACAUCAAGGACACCGUCAAACUGUUCGACGCCAGCGGACCCGACGCCAUGGAAUUCGCUGCGCAUUUGUUCCAUUACGAAAGUCGCAUCGCCGAGAUCACGCCCUCCGACGACGUCAUGCGCGACCCCUUGGCUUCGAACCGACGCAUCACCAUCGGCGAACUGGCGCAGAUUGCCCGGAGUGUUCCUUGGCUAAACCUCCUGCGACAUCUGUUCCCGAAGAGCAAGCUGGAUCACACUUCCCAUGUUCUGAUUGUUUCAAGGGAUUACUUUAUCGAUCUUUCGGAACUCAUUUCUACGACGGAUAGAAGUCUCCUCAACAACUACCUGAUUUUCAACUUCGUGUCAGCUUUCAUGCCAUACAUGUCAGCGGAAAAUAAACGUGUUUGGGACUUAUACCACAUGGAAUUUACAGGUCUCCAAGAACCGGCCGAGCGAUGGCAGUUCUGCAUUCGCACGACCUCCAACUUCUUCGGCCUCGCUCUCGGCUCUCUCUACGAAAGGUCCCCGCGGAGGCUGAAGGCGAGGCAGAAAAACGGACAUGUGAUAAACAAGAUAUUCAACCAGAUUCGAUAUACAGUUAUCAACAACUUGCAACAUAACAACGUAUAUCCAUCGGAAGUUAAGACGAGAUUGACUGCAAAGCUCCACAACAUGACUCUGACGGCGGGCUACCCCGAGCGCCUUCUGGAUGUCAAAGUUAUCAACGCUUAUUAUAAAAACUACGCCAUUUUUAUCAAGGAUUUCUUUCAGAAUUUGCAGGAUUCGAUACAAAACGUCCAGCGGCAACUCGAGAAGAAGCUCCUGAAUCCCCUUCCGGAAUCCCCUUGGAUCGACGCUCUCACGGGGGAUUCCGUCGCUUAUAGUCACAAGGCGAACACGAUCGUCAUUCCGCCGCAUUUGCUUAAUCCACCGCUCUUCCACCGCUAUUUCCCGCUGCCUAUGAUGUACGGCAGCAUAGGAGUGCAGAUCGCCAGGGAAAUGCUGAGGGCUGUGGGUCCCGCUGGCCUCGUGUGGGACAACAGAGGCCAGCUCGUCAACCACACGCUGUACACCAACAGGACGCUGGACAGCCUCCGCGAAGAGUCCGAAUGCGUGGCUUCAGUAACGAUAAAUCUGUCGGUGGAGAAGGACGCUAUAGUCGAGCAAACGGCUCCGGACACGGCCAUGGAGGUCUUGGCCGUUCGCAGCGCCUUUCAGGCUCUGCUCUAUCUCGAGGAGGAGACCCCGCAGCCUCACUUCCCGAGCUUUGAGUCCUACAACACAACGAACAUCUUCUUCGUGGCGUACGCUGGGAGCAUGUGUUCAGCCAUGACAGGAGAACAGGAAGAUCUGCAACGAACAUGCAGUGCUACGUUAAUGAACAAAGCCAAGCUGAAGGCAGUGCUAUCCCAGCUUCGAGUUCAGCGAGGCUUUCUCGUGUCCCGCGGAUUCUCGGCAUUUCUCCAGACGUCCGUGUGCAAAGUUCCACUGACUCCACUGCUUAUUCAUAUGGCCUCGGCAGUGAUGCCAAGUCGAAGAAGGCAUGUGGAAUCACAGAUCUCAAAGGACUACAUUCUCCGCGAUUCUGAAAUUCCAAAGGAUGUUACCUUCAAGACGAUGGAGACAUACAGGUAA